CACUUCGCGUGUGUGUGUGUGUUCAGGUUUACCUGCCUACCUUGCUUUUGUUGAGUGCAUCAAUUUCUUUGAUUUUGAUGCGUUUGUUUAUAUCUGAUGUGUAAUGUGUGGAUGUGUUUGACAUCAAUCAAUACAUUAAAUGAUUGGCCAGUAUGGAUAAUACUAAUUACCUGUUGAUAUUUGUAAUUUUUUGUAAUUUUUAUUUAACAUUUGUAUCAAGUUAUGAAUGUUAUGUUUGUAAAGAUCAAGAUGAUAAUAAUGGUAAAUGUAUUCGUACUGUUCGUACUUGUAAUUUAGAUGAUAAUAGCUGUAUGACUAUUGUACGAUGGGGAAGUACACCUUAUUGGGAUCCAACUGGACAGAAACAAUAUUAUAUAUCGAAAAAAUGUGCAACAUUGUCACAAUGUCAAGAAGCAAGUAAAAAUUCAAGUCGUCGUUGUGAUCGUAUUUGGUAUAAUGAUUGGGAAUGUGUUGAAUGUUGUACUGGUGAUCGUUGUAAUUAUUAUGUUACCCUGGGAACAUCAACAAUCAAUGGCAAUAUGGCCGUUAUUAGCAUGUCGAUUGCUGCCUUUAUAAUCUUACAAAGAUAUUAUUUUAGAUAGCCAUAAUCAAUCAUCGAUAAUGAAAAAAUUCACAUUCACAUUUUGUAAUUUGUAA